AUGUUCAGGCCAGCUGGAUUGUUCAAGUCGAACCAAUGCCCAGACCAACGAUGCAACCGUAAUCCGUGUCUGUUCUCGCAUGAGCCAGUACAAAAUCUAGCCGUGCCUGUUCAAGCCAGUUUGGUAUCUAGCGACAGUGGCGGAUCAACCUCGCUACGGAAACCAAUACGUUCGACCAUCCCAUCCAACGCGGUAGCAAAAGCCCUGACAGCUCCAGCAGCAAAUAACAAUACCUCCGGACCAUCAAACCCGCCUGUACCUACUGUCCAGCCGCUCGCUUCAACCUCGACUACCCGCCCCACCCCCUCGAACUCAAGUGCGGCCCGGGCGCAAACCGGUCGAGCGAGUGCCAAUCCACAGCAGCCGACCCUUACAAAGCGACCCGUCGAGGCACCAUCGCAUACGGCGAGCCCCUCUCCUCCUGCAAAAGUCCCCAAAAUAGCUCCGGGUCCAGUCCGUCGAGCUGCACCGCCGUCUGUGACUUCAUUAUCACCUACCGGCGCCCCGAUUCUUAACAUCAACGCGGCCAAUACCAACGUCCCACUGAAGGAGCGACAGAGGAUGGCAACGGUUAUUUAUGAGACAUUCAAGACGCUGUAUAGCGAUAUCCCACCUGGACCUCGGACAGCUACGCUGGCAGGAGAGCACGCCAUCGCACAGGAGGCUGAGGUAUAUGCCAGGUCACAAAGAACAACAUACAAAAAUAACGGUGCCCACGCCAUCGGGGUUAUCAAGAAACGCCCCAGACCCGAUCGUCUCAACCAUCCCUCUGUGGGAACAAAUGGGGCUAUCGACGCACGCAAGGCUGAGGCUGAGGCUGCCAAGAAUUCUACCCUCAAGCGUUCUCAGCUUCAGAGUGCGCUCCUUUCUCGGGAGCAAUUGACACAGUGGGGCUACCUGGUACAAGUUCCAGAAGGCCCGGGCGGCACAAGAGUCAGUGACGAGGGUAGACAAGCAACGUGUGAACGUUGCCAGGCGCUAUUUGUGGUUCAUGCGCCUCAGUCUGAAGAGGAGCGACAUUCAUUUGAGCGGUGUGCGUAUCAUUGGGGAAAACCUUAUGUGAACAGGUCAGGAGGUAUACGAGAGAUGAUUCAUAGAUGUUGCGGGUCCCCCACCGGCUCAGCAGGUUGUGUUGUUGGAGCACAUGUGUUCAAGGACCCGGAGGACUUUGGCCUCCUGCACGCUCGACACCCCUAUUCAGAGUCGUCCGCCUUUGGGAAUGAAUCCCCCCGGUCGGCCAUACUGGACGUUGCGGCACUUGACUGUGAAAUGAUAUACACAACUGCUGGUAUGAGCAUUGCGCGCGUUUCGGUCAUCGAUGGUGCCGGAAAAUGUGUCUAUGACAAACUUAUCAAACUUGAUCCUGGAGUAGAGGUCUUGGACUACAACACUCGGUUCUCUGGGAUUAGGUCAUUGGAAGAAGCCCAACUGGACUUGGAUGGUGUCCGUCGGGAGAUGCGCAAGUUUAUUGGUCCAGAAACUAUUCUCAUUGGACAUGCACUUGAGAACGAUAUGCGUGCAUUACGCAUGGUUCAUCUGAAUGUGGUGGAUACGGCCAUCUUAUUCCCUCACCAAUCUGGACCGCCUUAUCGCCGGGCCUUGAAAGACCUUGCGAGACAACACCUUGGAAUACUAAUUCAAAAUAAUGUCGGGGAGAAUCUCGGCCAUUCUAGCUUGGAGGAUGCAGUGGCGACCUUGGAUCUAGUCAAGUUCUGGGUCCGGGAACGUAGACGGAUACCUUCCCCUCGAUGA